CUUGUCAUUGCCUGCUAAUCUCAUGUUUGUGCUUUUAAGUAAAUCAGGAAUACUUUGAAUAAAAUCCUCUCUCGUCAUCCGGUUGGAAAAUAAUGUUUCGGUCAAGCUGUCAAAAGGAAAAAGUGAAAUCAUAACCAGGAGAUUAGAUGUGCAGUACAACCAUAGAUUAACCUGUUAUAGCUGAGAUGUAUGAUCAGGCUGUCUAUGAUUCCUUUGCAAUUCCCAUUUAGGAUCUGCAGCUUAUUCUUUUUAGUUUAUCACAACACCGUCUUCGGUUCACAACUCAUAUCUGGAGUUUAAAACGUUUUAAGGAUAAGCAUGUGGAAAUAAAUAUCGUUUAAAGUGCUGAACACAGACGGUUCACGGUGUAUCGGAGGCCGCUCGCUUUGAGCUCUGCAGAGGCGUUUUACUGACAGUAACAGGGAAAAACAUUCCUCAACGAAGAGCAAUCAUAUCACAAUCUCAAAUCAAUAAUAAUGUCAAAUUCGCAGUUUUUCGAUAAGGAAAAUACACAUUUUCAGGAGGAAGAAGACUCAACACGGUUAUAACACAGAUGUGGAAGCUAAUGCUUUGACAGCAAACGACAUAUACUUGAUUUUUCUCAUGUCCCACACUAAUUCACCCGUGGAAACGAAAAAAACAGCAGAAAAUAAGCAUAUUAGCUCGCUUCUACUCAUAAGUAUUUGUUAAAGUCUGAUAUAUAAUUGCUUAAAUGUCAGUUUCAGGCGCCGCUACCUCUUGGAAAGCUAAUGCUAAAUCCGACACAUGAAACUGACACCAUUUGGUUUACUGCACAAAACCAAAGCAGUUUGAACAUCACAAGGACCAAAAACAGGCAAUUUGGUUGACUUUACCGGGGUAAAAGUGCUGUCAAAUUCCUCUUCAACUUCAAUAUUACAGCACAAAAUGUAACAGAGUCUCGGUGAAGCUGCUGAACAUCAUCUGUAUAAUGUGCUAGCUAGUGGCUAAGAGAAAAAUGGCUAUGUAAACAUGAAGUGCAAGGCCUUGUUGGGCUGUGUUUCACCAUGAAAACCAUAUUUCAGACGUUUUCAGUAUCGGGAAUUUACUGCUUCCUGUAGUGUUUAUCCGCGUAGACAUGACAGAAAAAACUGUAAUUUGCUGUUAGUUAGCAUCAGCUAGCUUCCUUAGUUGAAAACUAGUAAAACGGCAGUCCCGUUCAACUUCCAGUCUGGUGUUCAAAAACAACCUUGACAGGCCUUGGGGGGGUUCAGUGCAGGGGUGUUAGACAUUUUUAUAAACACGCUUUUCUUAGUGGAAACCUCAUGAAAACACCCAAGAGACAUGCCAACAUUUUCAGCCUUUCCUGGCUUUCAGAGCGGUCAGACGACAGGGAUGGGAAUGUAGGACAAGGCGAUUAAAAAUGGCUGCUGCACAGAACAAAGCAACAAUAAACUGGGCAGCGGAGAAGACGAGCGAAAAAGUAGAUAUUUCAGACAGCGGUUGGCGUUUGUAACUCACCGAUUCAACGACUUAGUGAGUCUUCUGAUCAGUGACAGGGAUAUAUUUCCACAAAAUGCUGUCUACUCAAAGGAUGGAUGGCGAUUGUAAAGCCCAAUCUUCAUAGGUUGAACCGAUCGCGGUGUUGUUGCUGGGGUCCUACCCGGCCUGAAAAUGUACAGGGCUGAGUGGAGGCUGGAUCCGCUCGCCCGAGAGCGUCAUACGUCACCAAAUCACGUCCGUAGGGAAUCACAUGAAGCGCCCCCUGCCGGCCUUUGUCAUUACCCUCAAAGUUUAGUUACACCAUUGAUUAAUGGGCUGAAAUAUAUGGAAGUAAAUCUGUGCCAUCUGAUUUUGAAUUUGAAUUUCUAAAGCUGAUUUUUUUUGCAUCAAAAUCAGACUUUGAAUUCCAAAACUAUCGAAUUUCAAGCAUGCAUUUUUAUUUCUGACACUAUUUUUUUUCACAAUGAUGAAAUAAAUUCAGUGUAAAAAAAAAGUUUGUCAAAAAUAUUUGUUUCAUAAAAAUUCGACUUACAAAAACUGUAAAAAAUUCAACAUAUAAAAAAUUCUGUGUAUAAAAAUUCAGUUUAAAAGAGACAGACUUAACGUCCAGUAGUGAUGGGCACGGCAGUUCUUGUAGAUGUACUGAAUCACUAGAAUCAGUUCAACAAAAGGAUUCGUUCAAAGGUUCGUUCACCAAAUCAUCGAAUCAUUCAGCCCUUGGCAGGAGGAGCCUGCGACUCCGAACUCCUGAACUAAUACACAGCUGAACGGUUCAGGAUUCAGUUCGGAUCAUAUCUUCUGGGACCGGGAGACGAGAGUGUUGUGGCUGCGUUGCUUCAACAAACACGUUUGUAAAAAUGAACUUCUUUAUUAAUCAUGAUGUUUUAAGUAUACUGUCCUAUGGUAUGCUAUUUAUCAGGUCUUCUUGGUAAAUUGGGCUCAGUGGGUGAUUCGUUCACUGAACAUUUAGAAGCAUUCACACUGAACAUGCACCGUUCCCUCCCAAACUGCUGCAAUGAUAGGAUGCUGCGGGUUUAAUGCACUACUUGUUACAUGCUGUGUCCUAUUGUAUGCAAGUUGUUCUGGUGGCAAUUUAGCAGUGAAAAGAAGAAAAAAGUUAGUUUUGUCCGACAAAAAUGAUGACAGAGAGUGUAGUUCAAUGUGUGAUUCGUUUACCAAGUGAUUCAGGCAUCAGUGCAUGCGGUCCCUCGUUCGCCUGGAAUUGCUGUGUGCAAUAGCAGCUGCACAGCUGACAACGCAGCUGAAGUGAGAAACGAACGAAUCACUCGAGGAAGUGAUUCGGUUCAGUAUGUUCAUUUAAAAGAUUCGGUUCUUUUGAACAAAUCGUUCUUAAAUGACACAAUACAAACAUUUGGGUAACCAGGGAGAAGCAAUUGAUUCAUGGCUCAAUCAUCCACCGUCCAGCCAAUCAGUUAAUGCUAGAUUGGUCAUGUGGUACAGACCCCAGUGGAAGAUUGAAUCCAAUCGAUUGCCUCUCCCUGGUUACCUGGAUGUUGAGUUGUUGUUAAGGGUUGUGUCCGAAAUGGAUGCCGAACCCCUAUAUAGGCGACUAUAUGGGGGUUAGCGCCAUUUUGAGGGGUGUCCGAAACCUGAGUGAUCAAUUCCAAUGCCCCAUAUAGGCGACUCAAAAUUUCCCAUAAAGCAUUGCAAAAUGUAGUGACCAUCCAAUGGUCACUGACCGGUGGUGGGCAUCCCGUCAUGCAUUGCGUCUCCAGCGGCAAUUCAAAGAUGCCUCAUGACAAGAGCAAGAAGAGACAGAACCUGAGCUCUAUUUGCCAUUUUCAGCGUAAAUUUUUUAUCUUCACUUCACUCGCAAGUGAUCAAAACAGUUUUCUAAAAACAUGUUUGCUGCGUCAUACAGUCUCGUGCACAAUAUGAUGCAACAAACAAUAUUAGGCACAAAAAUAUAAGGCCUUUUAAAUUAAUUACAAAUUUAUUGUUUUUUUAUUUUUUUUUUUAUUUCACGAACAUCCUGGAAAAACAAAUACAUCUAUACAACAUCAUAAAAUUCAAGAGAUGUGAAAACAACAGCCGCAACUUCAGACGUGGCAGUCUUAGCAGUGACAUCACAACGGUGCGCCAUGUAGUGUCUGAAACCUCCGGUGAUUUAGCUCACUACAUAGUCAGCUAUAUAGUGAAAUCCCAUAUGGGGGUUAGGGAUUGGGGCACCUAUAAGGGCAUACACAGGGAACUUUUUAUGUUUUAUCCACUGACAGGACAUAGAGCAUUUUUUUUCCCACUAUAGGAGUACCAGAGACAUCAUUUUAUAGCUUUUAUCUGUACCAGGGGCAUGAUAGCAUGGUGGGCAAUUGCCCCCUUUGCUCCCCCUCUGGGGACACCACUGCGGACACCACUGACAUUUCUUUGAACAUAUUUAAAGCUCAUGUAUCCAGAGAUCUCAUAGAAAAAUGACUCCAUUUAUUUGGCAACUUAGUUCAAAGGACUAUUUAGAUCAGUGGUUCUUAACUGGUCUCACCCUGGGACCCACAUUUUCCCAUGGUCCUUAAGUCGCUACCCACUUUUAUAGAAUUCAAACAAAGCAAAUUUAUUUUUUAUGAAAAGAAAAACCUUUAAAGACUCUAAUCUUUAACAUAAAUCCACUUGUUUUUUGUUUCUUUUUUUUAAAUAAAGUGCAUUUCAGAGUACAUGAAGGGGACAACAUAAGGACAACAACUACUGAAGUUGCAUAUACAGAAAAUAUCAAAUAUCAAAUAAAUAUCGUAUUAAAUAUUUACUUUUUUCACCAGCUGUCUGUGACCCAUCUAGAACAUGUCCGCAAUCCACUUGUGGGUCAGGAUCCACCAGUUGAGAACCACUGACUUAGAUAAUACAUCCACUUGUACAACAAUGUCUGUCAUCGUUAGUUUGAAUUAGGAUUUACAAACGCGUUUUUGUCUGAAAAUAUACCUGUAGUUUAUGAUCAACUUGCUCUACCUGCAGAGCAACAGCCAUCAUUAAGGUUGACGUACAACUGCAAGACAGUUCAUACCAUGAGAAUACAAGUCCCCCAGGUAAUGGCAUGUAUAGUCCUCUAGAGGGAGCUCUUGACUUUUACUAUUCUUUUCAAUGAUGUGUAAUCCUCCAGUGAAAGCUAUUUGGAUGCAAUCCUGUUUUACAGAAAGUUUCUUAAUUUGCCUAUUGUCUUUUCAGGGAUCAUCACAAAAUUUAAUCAAACAAAGAACUGUGAAUGUGUGUUGGAAAUAAAAUCCAGUGUCUCAGAAGCCAAAAUACCUGAGAAGCAGAUCAUCAUGGUUACCAUUCCAUACCUACAGAGGUCAGUGGCAGCUGAAAGUUGUGGUGUCUAGUGUUCCCUCUAUCUGUUGUGUAUGACACGGUCUGUGCGUAAAGACACAACGGCAUGCAGUGUGGUGUCUGUUGAGUCAGUGCAUGAGGACACUGCAGAAACAGGCCUGCAGACACUAUCAGCUCUUACUCAGCGGGGAUAUUUUGGGAACAUGUUUUGCAGAGUUGUAGCGGCCUUGAUUUUAGACAAAUCUGCAAGGGACAAGCUGCAAUUUGAUGAAGUUUCUCAUGGUUUAAUGGAAGGGAAAUCAGCCUUAUGUGACCCUAAAGCAAGACUCUUAAAAUGUAGAAGAAUUUUAGCGGCCAUAUCAGCUUGAGAAACGCCUUAUGUAGCAAGGCAUCAAAUUGUGCUACAGCAGCUUCAGUGUCUGCAUCUGUUUGCUUGCAUAUUCAAAAUAAAUGUGUAUACUUGGAAAUUUUGUACUGACAAAGGGCUUUUGUGAACAUAAAAACAAAUCUUCUUGGAAGCUCACAAGUUACAGUUAGAUUUUGCGGCUCUAGUACCUUAUCAGAAAGAAUAAAAAAGAUUUUACUUUAUGAGCUCCUCUUUUCCACGGUUUUAAAAUUUGAGCUAUUUAGGAUUUUUUGCAACCAAGGCAGAAGAGACUCAGACCCAAGCCUCAGACUGUGUCAGUGUCAAAGAGUAUUUUUAAAGGCAGUUUUAGUUCUGCUAUUUAGACAGUUUCAGAAGACAUUCAUUGCUGCUGUUUCCUGUCAGACUGUUUUGCGGCAAGAGGUGUGACAGGAAACUAGUGUCAAAGACACUGAAGACACUCAUCAGAAAUGUCACUGUAGCAGUACCUCAAUGAAUGGUCACUUUAACCUUAAAUCACAUUAUAAGAGGUCAUAAAAAUGAAAUAUAGUGGCAAAAGUCAGGGGAGUGGCCACUGCUGGAAAGGCAUGGAGAGUAUGUGUGACCACACGUGAAUAAAUAUUCUUAUUUACUCUUUCUGUCUCCACAAUAUCUAAAUCAGAUACCACAAGUGUUCACUGACUGGGGUCUUCUUGUUGACUGGCUGCAGUAUAGGUUAUAAAACCUCGCCUCCUCCGACCUGCCAAUGAUUUUUGGUAUUUAACUUAGUCCUUACAGCCCUGAUUUGUGUUCAAGUAUUCAUUUUCUCUUGAAAAUUUUAGUUCUGAGUUGUUGUUUGAUUAUGAGAAAAUGAUUCAUUGACUGCUGUUGAUGACUGACGGCUCAUGCAGCAUUUUCCACCACAUCAGCAGACAAGAGAAGGAACCAAAAAUACAUAUAAGAGUUGUAGAAAUUUCAGUUAUAAUUAGUGUCUGGUUAAGAUCGUCAUAAGAAUCUAUUUUUCAUCUUAAAAGGUGGCACAAUAGAGUGGUAGGUUAUAUAUCCUUCUUGGAUUCUUAAAGAGCUCUAAAGGAAAAUGAUCAUCCAAAGUCACUGCUCUAGGUGCUUUAAACAUUUGCAAUCAAAGUUUGGUAUCAAAGCCUCUGGUAGGUUGACCGGAUGAGACAGCAUUACUAAUACAGAGACCACAGCUGAUUGGCUUCAAAAUUGGCAGAAAAAAUUUCAAAUGAUUAGGCUAUCAGAGAGGAAAAAGGUUUCUUUUUAAAGGAUGAUCUAUGACAUAGAGCAUACAGUUUGACAAAUAGCCUUUAUUUUCUACAGUUAAGGGUAAUAAUCAACCCUGUCUUAUCGCUUUAGGUUUUAUUACGUCCCACUUCUUUAUAAAUUUGCUGACCCAGUUUUGGAUCAUGUGAUGUCUUACCACACAACCUGUUCUUGUGAUGUUUGACACAAUCAGAAUGAGCUGUUGAAAAAAGCUAUAAUUUAAAACUUCUGUGUUUGAGCUGACGCAUUAACAUCACUCUCUGAAUAAUGUAUAAUGUCGUGUUUCAGUCCAGCCCCAUAUUCUCUUCUCUGGUGAAACACAGGAAGCAUACAGCCUAACCCAGUCAGGGUGAUCUUUAGCCCUUAUGGUCAUCUCACUCUGUUGUCCAACAUCUUUCUUUAGAUUCCCGUCUUCCUUCUGUUUCUCUUCUCUCUUUUUUCAUGUAUGAUGGAGCUGAGAGCUAUCAUGAGGAAGGAUGGCCAUUGGCCAGUGCUAACUGUUGCGCCUCCUUUAAGCCAAACGUGGAAAGACACUGAUGAGAUGUGCUCAAUCAAUAAACCUGGUUAUAUACUGACUCUCACUGUCCAUUUGUUUCAUGUUUCGGUUGUGGGGCACACUGGGGGUCAACAGAGCAUAAAUAUUGAGAUAGGGGUGUAAUGGUCUGUGUUUCUUUCCUAUCCUUUUCCCCAAGAACACUAGUUCUCUGUGUUUACUUCACAGAAGCCACUAUGCAGAGUCCCUCAGAUACAAACUAAUAUUAUCUGCAAAAGGGCAACUUGCUGCUGAUGGCCAAGUUGUCUAAGCACAUGUCCCAUAUCCAGAGGCUACGCCUCAGGCAGAAAGCCAGGGUUCAAUUCCAGCCUGUGGUUCCUUCCUUGCAUGUUGCUCCUUGCUCUCUCUCUCCCAAUCUCAUUCUCUGCCCAAUGUACUAUCCUCUCAAAUAAAAGCAUGACAAAAACUUAAAAAUAUAUAUACAUUAUCUGCAAUAACCAUGAACUUUGGCACAGCACAAACUCACAGCAACACAUCAUUCAACUUUAUUAAUGAGAUAAAAAAAAGAAGUAAAAACAUGAGAAUUUGUAUAAAUAAUACAGUAAAUUAAUGUACACAAACUGUAUUUACAAAUAUGGACUGUUUUUGUUCAGGUAUUACAUACAAAUUUUUCACUUUGUAUGCCACACACUCACAAAUGCUUCAGUUGUUGGAUAAUGUAUGGAGUUAAAAGUAGAUGUAUCUAUACAGCUACUGCACAAUCUAAAGGGGUCCCAAAAAAGAAAGGAAAUACCUUUUAAACUCUUCACAAUGAAAAUUAAAAGAAAAAAACAAUUGAUUCACAAAUGGCACUUUAAAUAAAAUUACACCAGAACCCCAUAAGAAAAUUCCAAAUUCUGUGCAAUUUGUUUUAUACAAGCAGCCAACAGUUCAGCAGCAUCAAAAAUAAAUCCAUAUUUCAUCAACAAAUUGUAAAAAGACAAACAUACAAAUCAUGCCAAAUAGAAACGAUGUAAACUAUCCAAACUGUUAUCACUUAAAUACUUUAGUGUCAUAUCCAUUAUUACAGUUUUAGGCACCAAACUCCACUCAGUGUUCAAUGUGGUUUCUGCAGCUUAGAAUAAAAAAAGCACAAUAUUUCAUAAUAAUAUGAAAAGAGGAAGAGAUAACAGAGGAGGAAGUGGGAUGGUCAAGAGGAAGAGGCAAACACACUCAAGAGAGGAUUCGGUGCAUAGAAAGAGAUUCAGCUGAAAGUAAAAUAAAUAUAUUGGAAAAAAAAAACGUUAAAAAUAUCCAAAUUUACAUUUCACCAUAUUAUUGUCAGUUUGCAGUUAGUUUUCUUCCUUAUUGUCAGUAUCUGUUCAAAAUUAAGGAGGAGCACAGGUGUAUGUUAGUAGAUCUGACUGAAGAAAGUAGGUUAUAUGAAGCAUUACUGAGGUCUUGUCAGGUCAUGAGACCAAACUUUCAGCCUAGGCGUAACAUGCAAGCCAGCAAUCACAGCUUCUCCAUUCGAACUCUGCAAUCCCGGCUUUCCACUCCUGUAGGAAAACUUCACAGGACCCUUAUAAAGCAACAUAAAUGUCUCAAAUUAGCCCCGUUUGCCAGCAUAAUAGCGGGAGAAGCUCAGUAAAAGGGACUCCAGCUAAGCGUGCUAAUUGAAAUAAGAGUCUGACAUGUGCUCGACGAGAGCCACACCGUCUCCAUCAAGCUGAAGUGGAACAUGCCCAGUGCGAAGCCACACACCAUGUCAGUUAGGUGGUGUUUUCCCAGCAGCACCCGGGACACGCCCACCAGGAAGGCCCACAACACCAGGAGGAUGCGGAGCGGCACAGCUAAGACCAGGUGGGACAGCAGGAACUUGGACACCAUAGCGGCACGGCUGGCAUGAGCAGCAGGGAAGGAGUAGGUGUCCAUGGCGACGCAGUCCAAGAAACCUGGUGUCAUCUCCCAAGGACCUCUGCGCUUAACCAGUCUUUGGACGCCAGCUACUGUCAUGACAUCAAGAACGAGGGCUGUCAGGAGAAAAAAAAAGGACUUAAAUUAAUUGAUUUACUUUAAAAGUAGACCUUAUGAACGUCACAACACAGAAAAAGUCCUGUCUUCAAAAAAAUACCUCAAAAAGUAUUAAAAUGAAGGUGCUGAACAUUUUGUGAAUGGCCAGUGAGAGUCAUAUAUUGUCACAUCUAACUUCAAAGUUGUCCAUACUUUCACAUCACUUAAAAACCGUCAUUUAGUGAGCACUAUCAAAUUUAAUUUAAAGCUCCUGUAAGUAACUUUCAGGCAGUAAAAAUGUUGGCACCCCUUUUGGACAAAGCAAUCAUGGCUUUCUGCUCCUCCACACAAUAAAGCAGAUAAUGAUACUAACAUACUAGAAUGAUAAUCCUGCUGACAUUAACAGUGUUAUUUGGGGCAUGUUGAUAUUAGCGUUUAGCUCCAAUCACUUGUACCCGCAUUUUAGCCUCACAGAGCCAAAUUUAUAUUCUUUGUGAUUCUCAUUAUCAGGUUGACUUUCAACAAAGUGCAAUUAUUUGAUGUGUAGCCUACUCUUUGUGUUAAGUGCCAAUUGGCCGAUUACUUGCAUGUUAACAAGGUAAAUUAAUAUGAAGGAGGUUGAUAUCAAACUGCUAAAACAUGGGCAUGUUAUCAUGAGGCAGGUGCAGCUGCUAGCAUAACUCAUUAUUUCGUCUAAUCUGCGAUACAGGGCUCGACAGUGCAACCAUUUCACUUGCAUUUGCGGAGUAGAUGUGCAUGAAUUCUAAAAUGUAUUCAGGGGCAUUUUAUGUCCCUGGUUAUAACCUGGUUAUAACCUGAGGCAUUACCUGGUUAUAACCUGGUUAUAACCUGAGAUAUUACCUGGUUAUAACCUGGUUAUAACCUGAGACAUUACCUGGUUAUAACCUGGUUAUACACUGAGACAUUACCUGGUUAUAACCUGGUUAUAACCUGAGACAUAACCUGGUUAUAACCUGGUUAUAACCUGCUUAUAACCUGAGAGAUUACCUGGUUAUAACCUGGUUAUAACCUGAGACAAUACCUGGUUAUAACCUGGUUAUAACCUGGUUAUAACCUGAGACAUUACCUGGUUAUAACCUGAGACAUUACCUGGUUAUAACCUGGUUAUAACCUGAGGCAUUACCUGGUUAUAACCUGAGACAUUACCUGGUUAUAACCUGGUUAUAACCUGAGACAUUACCUGGUUAUAACGUGGUUAUAACCUGAGACAUUACCUGGUUAUAACCUGGUUAUAACCUGAGACAUUACCUGGUUAUAACCUGAGACAUUACCUGGUUAUAACCUGGUUAUAACCUGAGACAUUACCUGGUUAUAACCUGGUUAUAACCUGAGACAUUACCUGGUUAUAACCUGGUUAUAACCUGAGACAUUACCUGGUUAUAACCUGGUUAUAACCUGGUUAUAACCUGAGACAUUACCUGGUUAUAACCUGGUUAUAAACUGAGACAUUACCUGGUUAUAACCUGGUUAUAACCUGGUUAUAAACUGAGACAUUACCUGGUUAUAACAUGGUUAUAACCUGAGACAUUACCUGGUAAUAACCUGGUAAUAACCUGAGAAAUAACCAAUUACUUAGUAAUUGCCAAGUAUUUUCCUAAUAACUACAUGGAAAUACAUCACUCCAACUUGUAUCUUCACUUCUACCUCCACUGCUCUUGCUUCUCAUAAUAUUUUUUUUUACUUCUACUCUUACUUCUACCACGAGCUCUACUGCUUUGACUUCUACUUAUUAUAUUCUAAAACUACUUCUACUGCUUACAUGGCUACUAAUAUCACUACUACAACUACCUAUUAUCAUACUACUUCUAGUACUACAACUUAAACUUAUACCACUUCUCACUUUUCUGUGUUUAAAGGUAAUUUUCUUCUUUAUCCAAUUUUUUUUGCAAUUUCAGACAGUUUUUCUAGCCUUAUUCAGCAUGAAUGCAAUUUUAAUUUAUGAAGCACAUUCAUACUAUUUGUACAAUUUUCACUUUCAUCCAACUUCUACUUUUCUUUCUCCAGCCCUUAAACAAAUUUUACAUUUAAACCUUCCUCCAUUUUUUUAGCAGUUUUGCAUUGCUUUUUCAGCACUCAGCUCUCAGCAUUUCCACGCAUUUUCUGCAAGGAAAUGCAAUUUUUCUAGUUAUAUUUAGUUUAACGGAGAAAACAACAGUUGUUCACAUGUAAACAGACACCCCAAUGACCAAGAAUAACCUGUACGGCAUAUUGGUAGCUUUGAGUCCACAUACCAGACAUUUACAGAUGCCUUUAAUAGCUCCACAGCUUCCCCCCAAAAUAUCCUGACAUUGCCGUCUUUAACUUCAUUAAUAGUCUGCUGCAUAUGCUCAUUCAUUGAGCUCUGUGCACAAUUACAACCAGUUUUCUUACACACUGGUCAUCUAGCCCUAUUUCUCAUUCCAGUCACCCACUAGCUGUCCUUAAAGGACCGUUUUAAGCUGAUUCCCAGCGUCUGACAGGCAGACUGGUUAAAUAGUGACGUUUGAGUUUUAAAAUGGAGCAAAAAAUCGAAACGUUUCAGGAAGAAAAUGAAUGAAUAAAGGAGAGGCAGUGAGAUUUUUGUGAAGACUGUGCAGACUCCAGGACUCUACGCUGACCUCUGGUAGUGUUAAAAAUACUGAGGGGGAGCGGAAGGUGAGCCAGGCAAUGACACAUCAGAUUACCAGUGUUAGAAAGGAGCCUGUGUGUGGUUUUCUUCCAAUAAAACAAAAUUCUAAUCUUGGAUUUUGCCCCUGGAUGUGCUCUUAAAAAAAUAACACUUCUCAGUAUUCUUGGCCGUGAAAUAUAGGACAGUCAGCACACUGCAGUGCCAUGCUUAAAGUGAGGCCCCUGUGAGUCAGCACACAGUUAUCGAUCCUACAAAAACUGUUCAGAGCAACUGAACACUUCACUGGAGAGUCACAUCCUGAGUACAGAGCUACUGUUCAAGAGGGGAACUGCUAUAUUGGGAAUGGAAAGUCCAUCGCUAAGAUGAGCAACAGGUGUGGGCAGAUAAGAGGUGCAGUUGAUUGCCACAGAUGAACUUGCAUUGUGAGGAAAUCUGAAACGCCCCGUUUUUCUGAUACCACCAAGAUGAGACCUUAAUACCUCCACUCCUGAGCUUCCUUUCAAUUCCAGAGUGAGUCACUGAUUUAUAACAUAAUUAAAUCUAGCAAAUUACUGGCUUUAUCAUAUGGGAUCUUUUAUAGAGGCUGAUACUGCUGGACUUCUUAUUUACUAAAAAAAGAGUUGAGCUCUAGAUUAAAAAAAAAAAAGCAUUUAAAAUCCCCAAGCUAAUAACAAAGCAGUAUCCCUCUCCCUGAUAUGGCACCGAUAAGAUACUACAGACCUUCAACACCCACCAGUUGUUAUGUAAAGGGAUAUUCCAGCGUAAAAUUAAUUUAGGGUCAGACACACCGUAACACCGAUUUCUUCAUGGUAAUGCAAUCAGACUGAGACGCUAAGGCAGAAGAACUAAUAUGGUGAUUAUUACUUUAAGGAAAUGAUAAAGUAAUGAUUAUAAAUGUUCUUCCUUGAGCUGCGUCACACCGCAGCAGUCCGUAAUGGACUGGUUGAGGUCUCGCUACAAACAAGCAGCUGCUGGAAGAGAGUAGGUGAGUUUUGUUUAGUCUCUUUGCUAAAGAAAUUAGGCAAAGUUAACAUGUUUGGUGGCUAGUGCUUUGGCUGGGACCCUAUAUGUACUGUUGAUGAAGUUAAGCUAUAGAGUGGCGUUUUGGUUGAGGUUUGUUUAUGGCUCAUUGGACCACUGUGUAUUGCUAUUGUGCGGUCGUUACUAAGGUUGGUAUAACUAAAGAAGCAAGCGGUCGGCAACAGUCAUCUCUCCAGGUGGUGUCUAACUCGGUGUUACGGUGUGUUUGACCCAAAAUUAAUUUUACGCUGGAAUAUCCCUUUAAAUCUGAUCUAAUUAACCGUCUUGUACACAUUGACUUCAUAUAAUUCAAUUUUUUUUUUUGCAGUUUGGUGCUUACCAAGAAUGGACAAAGUCUUAGAGAUAUCACUUACUGGUUUUUCAAAGGUGUUGCUAAGCCAAACAAUUGUAGUCGCCAUAUCGUAAAUGGUGUCUCUAUCUAAUUUUCAGUCAACCUGGACACAUACAAAGAGGUGGUCUAUUUGUUUCCAGCUGCAUCACACUGCUGUCAUUCAAUUCAACCAAAUCCCUAAGAAAACAAAUCAAUGUAAACCACUUCGCUUUAACUGCUUCAAUAAAAGGUGAGUUGUAAAAAUGCUCACCCCUCUUACAUCGUGUGUAAGUAAAGGAAUGAGCUAUUCACAACAAAGCUGUUUUUAUACCAAGCAGGAAAUGUAAAAUUAUGCUCUAAAAAAGUCAAAUUUAACCUGGACCUGAUGGAAGUUUCUUGGCUUUUGGAGCCAGCCUUAAGUGGACACUUUAGAAACUGCAGUAUUUGUGCCUCGUUUUUUCACAAUGGGGGAUGUUAAUAUGUGUAGUAAGAUGAAACAACAAAGUUUGAAAAUGUGAAAAACAAAAAGUGGGACAUUGUUGAUCAAAUCUAUUGAUCAUAGGUUAGAAAGAUAAGAGAAACAGACAGGUAAACUAUUUGAAAUGUAUUCUAUAGGUUAAUACUUAUCUGUAUGCUUCACCAAGCACAAUGAAAAAUUAAUCACAGACAACAGCUGCGUGAGCACGGCCUCAAACAGGUAUGUUUGUUGUUGUCUACAUCCCUGAAGUCUCAUCUGAAGGCCAGGGAGUUAGACAUUUCACACUCCUCCUCAUUUCUCCUCAUGAUGCAGCUGCAGUACACUUUUUAUAUGAGAAACAUUUUUUUUUUAAAGACACAGAUCCAUAUGUAUUGAUUUGUGCUGAUUCUGGUUGCCUUGUGGACAAAGUUAUUUGUCUUAUCUCUUGUCCUGAACACGUCCAACUAGUGUUUUCAAAGAAGUUUUUCUCAUAGUUGUCAGUCAUGAUGAAUAUUUGCAGGGUAAAAUGGGAAAGGCGACUCCUCAAGCUUGCUGUAAAUCAUCUUGUACAACAUCUCCUCUGUGGCAGCAUUCAAGUUUUACAAUACAGAAAUAAUCAAUCUAGCUACUUAUGGUCUUGCUUGCUCAUAAAAAGGCAUCACUGUUCACUUCAUCUGUUUCAUGACCAGUUAAAACUCCACACAGGGGCUUACUAUACAAUGUAUUGAGCAUAUAGAGUAAAGUGAGACCUUUCAAGUAUUUAAAGAUGUUAGUUUUACUACAUUUUAACGCUUUAAUAGUUCAACUUCAGCUUCAAACUUAAAAGCAUUGAAACAGAGGAUAUAUUCAUUGUUUGAUAGACUGCUCUGAAAUAACCUCAAUCAUGCAAAGGUGGAUUAAAAUGCAGACAAAACAUAUUUUUUUAGCACAAUUUCAUGCCUGUAGCAUCCAGCACUAGCGCUCCAUGAUUUUCAUUUCUAAAUGAAUGAAUUGUGCAUAAUUUCGAGGGGCCGCAUAAAUUCUUUGAGAAAUGUGGUGACAAAGAUUCAGAGAAAAGGAAACCAGACCGAGUAAUACACAUGAUAAGGACGGGAAUGUCCCCUGCACAGUCAAGGUGUCUGACAUGCUCUGUGGUUGUUUUGACAGUAAAAGUCUUAAUAGGACUGAAGUGUAUCUUCAACGCGCUGUAUGGGAAAUAUUGCUCCACUGCCUGGCUCAUAUGUUAAUAAGCUUAGACUGAAUGAAACCAGCUCUGACAGGCCACUCUGGUCUGAUUACUUUCCUGUUAGGUGAAAACAAAUCAGAACUUCAGUCAGUAUUAAAUUUAAAUUCCCUGAUUAUAGCGCAGUACUUCUGCAAAGCUGUCCCACGGCACUUCUGAUUCCCUUGGCAGUGAAUGUUACAUCUCUUUUAAAAUGCUCUUUAUCGUUUGUGUUUGCUUAUAUUUGAAGAAAUUUGAAGAAACAGUCAGCAUGAAAACAUAAAAAAUUAACAGAGAUCAUAUUGUAGACCUAAUUAUGCUACCCUCAAGAACAAGCGCCUCAUAUGAACCUGCCUUAUACAAAGUUCAACUGCUGUUGAUUCAGUUGAUAUCAAAAGUAGUAAUUGAGAUGUGAUAUUAAGAGGCAUGGUAGUGCAGCUGAUACCAAGGGUGUUCUUUGGCUCUGGGCACUGAGUCCUAAAAAUGCUGAACUGCAUUUUUGUGAAGGAAAUAGACACAACCCAUGAUUAUAAAUACCACUACUUGUCAACUCAUGCUGCGUUCGAGUUACCUCGGAAGUCAGAUGUCGGAGCUGAAAAUGACGUCACACCUGAGUUACAUGUACGAAAGUUAUUUUAGCGCUUACCUUAUAUUCGGACAAGACAAGCGUUAAAAUAACUUUCGUAGAUGUAGCCAUCUUGAGUCCGCCUCCGAUUUUUCUUUUUUCCAACUUGGUAACUGAAACGCUGGUAACUCAGGUGUGACGUCAUUUUCAGCUCUGACUUCUGACUUCCAAGUUAACUCGAACGCAGCCUUAGUUUCCAAGUCGGAAAAAAGCAAAAUCGGAGGCGGAAACAAGAUGGCUACAUGUGCGAAAGUUAUUUUAGUGCUUGCCUUGUCCUUGUUAUAUUUUAAAAAAAAAACAUAUAUGCCUUUUCCGAAUAUAACAAGGACAAGGCAAGCGCCAAAAUAACUUUCAUACAUGGAACUCGGGUGCAACUCCGACUUGGUAACUGAAAUGCUGGUAACUCGGAUGUGAUGUCAUUUUCAGCUCCGACAUCUGACUUCCAAGGUAACUCGAACGCAGCAUCAGUCCUACUCUACAAAUUUGGUGCAAAAUAUUCAGCUAUGACAUAUAAAGACGUUAAAAGAUAUACAACUUUUAUUCUAGAUUUUCUACUUCAGCAACAAGACUGACAGCUUAUAUAUCGUCAUUCUAAAGCUUGAAACUAUUGUGAGGGGGUAGGGUAGGUGUCAGCCAAGCACAUGCAGAAACAGUCCAAUUUUUACGAUCUCUACUUAAAAUAUUCAUAAUAACUGAUUCAUCUAAUUGUCAGAAGUCAGCAGGAUGAGGCUUUUUGUCAAAGAUACAACUUAAGCAUGAAGGGGACAAGUACGAGAAAACUGCACAGGAGAAGCCAAAAUUGACACAAACUGAACGUUUCUCACAGAAGCUUUAGUUGACGUCAGAAUAUAAACGCUUGGGGGUUUUACUCUCAAAUCCCCCGAAGUAUAAGCCUAUAAUGGGCUCUGUGAUACAUCUCACAGCAUGUUGAGAGGGAGGUGGAGAGUAAGAGCCAAACAUGAGAUAAACAUUUAGAUUCAUAGAGAUAAAAUGUUUUUAGAUCUGUGCAGAAUUGUUGGUCAAAACAAUAGCCAACAAGGACAUCAUUUUGGGACCUACCUACUAACUCAUACCUCAAGAAGAUUUUUUUAUGUUUAGGACUUUUUUUUUUUAGAGUAAACAUAUUAUUUACCAGCAAUUUACAGAUGAGGGACCAGGCUAGUUUAGCAGUGUUGUUUUUGUUGACAUUGACGAAAUAUUUUCAUCAAUGUCAUCGUCAACGAAAACAACAAGCAGAAUAUAUGUUUAGUUAUUGACUGAUGAAAUGCUCAUGAAUUUUGCAACUCUGUUCGUCAUCCACCACUAGCGUUUUCGUCUAGUUUCGUCAACAUAAACACAAAUUCGUCUCGUCACAUUUUAGUCAUCUCAGACUUAUGUUUAGCUCGUCAGUGUCACGUCUUUGUCGUGGAAAAAAAGGGGCAUCAACAAAAACAACACUGUAGUUUAGAGUCCUCAUACAAGGUUGCAUCCUCAUCCCAUCCCAUGAUUGAUCACAAGACCUAUUAGUCAUUCAAAUAUGACAGUAUAAACCCUAAAUAAAAUGUGCCCUGUCAGAAAUUCCUGUAUCUGUGUGGCUCAAACAUUGAAAAACCAAAACAAACCAAUAGAAAGUUCUGCAAAGACAUGAGUUUGAUGAGAUGUGGUGCAUUGUGGGUACUCUGCUGAGGUGUUUUGAGUGACUGCAGAGUGUGGUGUGACAUUUACCAAGUAGCAGGUUGACCAGGACCUCUUGCCCAGCCAGGGUGUUACUCCUCGUGAGACACACAAUGGUGCCAAUGAUCCACGUGAUGCCGUGGCCUGUCAGCGCCAGCAGGGCCACCAUGGAUCGGCAGCCUCCCCACGAGGACGACGUGUAGGCGCACACUCCCAUGCGCUUGGACAGGCAGAUGUCAAUAGCGAGGAGGGAGUUCAUGGCUAUCCCCUUGAAUGAAGGGUUCAGCUGCAUGCAGUCCUCUUCGGGCAUUUUGCUGGACUCUCUCCGGUCCUUGCUGCCGCUGUCGGUGGGUUCUUCAUUUGAUUGGCUCGUCUGGUGCUUCAUUUGACCCGGUCUCCUGCCGCUUCCCCGACUCUCAGAGGGGCUGGGGCCGCCACUGCUGCUGCUGGUGCUGCCGCCGGCGCCUGCGCGGGGGGGCUGAUGGUUCAGGGACAUGAACUCAGGUCUGCCCAGGACGCUGUUCCUCUCCCGAGCCCUGGACCUCACAUUAUAACUAGAGGGCAUCUUUGAAUAUGGCCAAUUUGUCCUCUAUGGCUCUCCAGCAGAUGGUUCAAGUGGUGCUGGAUCACCACGGCACUGAAAUAUCCCGGGAUACAACCCCCUCCUAACUGUAGUCCUCCCCCUACUCUGGCCUUAAUAGAUAUAUUUAGACCCACUGGAAUGCGCGAUGGCCAUGCUGUUUAUACCACCAGCCGCUGUAUUGAAUGGCAUUAGUCUCAGCCAAUCCACUGAAACACGAUCUGCAGAACGGAGAUAGAAUAACAACAUCUUGUUACGCAAAAUAUGGUCCAAGUAAACAGCUGGACGGUGCUUUAGUGCGUGUGCUGCAAGCUAGAGUAGCUAUUGUGCAAGAUUACGUAAAAGAUGUUGCACCUUACCCAGCGGAGGAAGAAUACGAGGUAAACAGUCAGUCCAACUCUUUCAUAAAAUUAGUGACUGCGAGAAGAAAAAUGUGAAAAUAGCUCAGCAAGCGAAAUCCGUAGUAUUUAUUAGUGAGCCUCCAUCGUCAACAAAGGGUGAAGACGACGCUGCCAAACCAGUGCAGCGUUUGCUUCUUCCGGAUUUGACGUAAUUUACGCACGGUCUUGAUUCAAGUUCUGCGGUGCGCUCUGGCGUGGAGCGGACUUCUCCAAGGUGCUUAAACAGACAGAGGCAGGAAAAAGGAGUGAGGUGUUGAGGCUUGGGCUUUGUGUCAGCAACAAAGGAGGGGUACUGAAAAUAAGACUUGAUAAUAAUGAACAAAAAAACAACAUAGAUUAUAGGGGAGAGUGGGGUAAGUUGAGCCAAAGGCUUUGAAAUGGUAAAAGAAAUUGAUCAUGUGACCAAAUAUUUAGGAGAUGGGCAUCAAUUCAUGGAGUCUGAAAGUUAGAGGCACAUGGGUGAAGGGGUAAGACAUUUAUUUCCAAAAAAAAAAAAAACCAAAAAAAACAUUUUUCACUCUUGAAAGUGACUUUAGUCUGUCAUAAGUUUUAUUAGAAUUGUGUUCAGACCAAAAAAUAUCAUUUUAAAUUUGUUUUAUACAUCAAUUGUGGUGUCUAGUCACCAUUUUAGCUUAGAGGAUGAAUAAAGUCAUAAUAGUUGUUCUGGGCUAAGUUGAGCCAGUGUCUCAACUGAGAAAGUAAAGGAGUCUGAUGAGAGGAUCAGAGUUUCAGUUCAGAUUGUUGAAAUGUUUUACUUUUUCUUUUCAAAAAUACAUCUGUGAAUGUUCUGAAUCACUUAAAGACAUUCUCAUGUUAAAAUGGCUUUUUAUUAAACAGCUUUUUAGCAGUUAAAUGCAAUAAUAAUAAAGAGAAUUACUGUACCAGUUGAAUAGCGUAUAAUAGAUAAAAAUACAAAUGAAUGUGAAGAAGUGAGUGUUAUUUAGGGAGAGAGAAGGUGAGGGAGGGCUGGGGUGGAGAGUGGGGGGUUAGUAGGGAUACAGCUCAACUUACCCCGCUCCUGUGGUCAACUUACCCCAUACACGGGGUAAAUUGACCAUAGGAGACCACUUUUUUUUGGCAUGCUAUAUUAUCAAGAGAGUUAUUAUUAUUAAGAUAUAACAGAUAAUCUAUUGAAAGUUUCAGCUUUAUUUGUUACGUAAGAUAGAUAGAUAGAUAGAUAGAUAGAUAGAUAGAUAGAUAGAUAGAUAGAUAGAUAGAUAGAUAGAUAGAUUGAUAGUAGAUUUCUUACUUUGACAGUGUUUACUAGGGCUGGGAUGAUGUGCUUUUCUCCUAUUUCGAAACAGUUGAAUGAUUAUGAUUGUCUACUGACUAUUCCAGGAACCAUAUCUCCCCCAAAAUAUACUUCACAUGUAAUUCAGUUUUUAAGAUUUAAGGUCCUUACACACGGGGCGUUUUUUUCACACAAUUAUUUUGAACAUCAAUUUUUUUUUUCGAAUCCGUAUCCUGUCAAUACAAGCGUUCACAUCAGCGACGUUUUCCCGUCCUGCGAUAUUGUGGUAUUUAUUUUUUCGUAUCACGGUUGAAUUUUCUAAAGUUUUACAUACUGUAUGUCCACUUCUGACCAAUCAGAUUUCAUGUUGUUGUGACAUCAGAUUCACCGGUAUAUCCAACAUGGCCGACCGGCUGAUUGUUUACUUCAACUUCAACUUUCAACUUCAUUUCAUUUAUAUGGCACUUUUCCUACAAGUUGUAACACAAAGUGCCUAACAAAGCAUAAAAAGAAAAUGAAACAUUAAAAUCCCCAAGAAAACCCCAAACCUCCCACCCGCACAAUUAUACCCAUACACACACCCGUGAACAUAGACAUACAUUUCCACACACACAACUUCACAUACACACGCACCUACACAGUUCGCAGCUGAUGGUGAGGAGACAUGACUGGGCACUGAAAUCUGAGGUGAGGAAGACGCUACCUUUGGGGGCGGGGGGACACGUCGUUUACGUGUCGGAGAACAGAGUGAUUUUUGAUAAAAGACACAAACAUUACAAAGAUCACAACCUGUGGAGAGUCAUAGCGUCGGAUCUCUCAGGGCGAAAGUUUGUGUGCUUUAACAGUUUGCUAAACGUCUUUGUUUUAACUUUCAUCUGUGCUAAGUAACUUUAGCUCGUAAGCUAACCUGUUCAGAUACAACAUACUAUAUGUAUUUUCACUGUCUCAAACUCAAUCGUUGCUGUCACAGCACCAUUAGGUCUCGGUUGUUACCUUGCAUUUAUGGAUUAUAGUUUAAUGUGCUUAUCAGUCUGCUGUUGUUUAAGUCUUCUCGCUUUGCACUUGAUGUGUAUAGUCAGGUGCUUCAAAAUUCACCUCAGAAUAUUUUGUAGUUUCGUGUCAUAUAUUUGUCCCGAUGUGUAAGGACCUUUAUUCUUAAAUUUAAACAAAAAAAAUGAUUUUUGAACAUAAAAAUCUAUUCAAAAAUUGUGAAUCAAACAAUCGCAAUACUUAUGUGAAUCGACUUUUUCUCCCACCCCUAUUAUUUACAGCAAAUAUUCAACUGGAACUUCUACGCCUCCAUUUCCCAGCAUGCCUGCAGCUUAGAGCGGAAGUGUCGUCUCAAAGAUACUUAUAAAGCUGCUUCUCAGGCAGCUGAGAGAGACCAAUGCGUAGCGGGGUGAACCUGCCGUGGCAACGAUGGGACGAGCACCGAGAAAUGACAGCUCGUGCGGGAGGAAUUGAAGCUAAAACUGCGUCCACGCACAGACAGGAGCACGGCGGCUGCGUGUCGAACUAUGUGACAUCUGACAUUUGUCCUCCCCUACGGAGUCGUUACUAUGGUUUCAUUUCUUUUCAAAAUUAAAUAAUGGAUCUGGCGACAUGGGUUCUGAAGUUGACCCGGCGAUGUCCUCUGGAUGUUGCAGUGCUGCCCAGUCUGAAACUCGACUAGAUUUCAGCGCCCGUGGACAUGCUACCUCUCUCCGUGGGACGGUGAAAUACAGUUGCAGCUGUAGUGGAGGACUAACGGGAGCAGCCGGCGUGCUGGAGAUAACGGAAUUACCUCUCUGACCGAAGAAACUGUGUGAGCCAGCGCUCAGUCUCAAUUUGCUCCAGGAUCUCGCCCUGCUGAGGAGACUUUCCUGUGAAUUGUUUUAUAGGUAGAUUUUUUUUUGUGCAUGUUGUUUUUUGAUGGCUAAAAAUAGAUCACAAUUCAUGCACUUGCACUGCAUGAGCCUUUAAUCCGCACGCUCAGUGUAACGCUCUUAAAUCGUCAAAUUACACUUUUUAUUGUGAGGAAUUGGGGCCACAGCGGAUUAAAAGGACAUUAGGCUGCUGCGCCCAGAGUGAGCGUCACAUCUAAAAUGCCAUUUUGCGUUUUUAACUGUCCGGCUAGGAUUUUUGACAUCAACUGGAUGUAGAUUUUAAGCCACUGGGUAGCCCCUGUUUUUUUUCUUUUUCAAUGACACACAAGACGCCAAGAUGUAAUGUUAUCUGUUCGUGUUAAUUAUUAAGUUCAUAAUUACCUUCACACUCAUACACGCACCUUUCCAACGGAUAUGUGUCGCCAAAAAGUCAAGUGUUUCGUGUGAAAGCGCAUAGGAAGCAUUGGCCUGUGAGCUGACAGCAUGGAAACAUCAUAACACGGAUAAAGAAAGUCACUGUACCUUCGCUUGUUUGAUGAAGUUGCUUUUACGCACCGGAAAGCAUGCGCUCUCUUGAUUUCAAGCUUCUUCUCUAGGCCCGUCUUCCUCUUUUUCUUUUUCCUUCUUUAUCUUCUCAUGUGAGAAUCAUUUUUGAUCAAAGAUGCAUGUUUUUUUACGAGACAGUCUGUUAUAAAUAAGCACCUUUUUUCGUCUUUUGGACACUAUGAUGUGGUUCCAACUGAGGUAAUCUUCUUGCUGUUUCCAUGCGUCUUUCUUCUCCUCCAGACCUCUGGACGUUGUUGUGGAUUGUGUUGCUAUUUAAUGCAAUGGGCUGUAUCCAGAGUAUCAGGUGUAAACCCAAGAGUUUCCGAGACAGUAUCAUCGUCCUGGAGGUGAACAGUUCCAUCGACCCCAACCCCACCAGCAUCGAUGAGUCAUCCAGCGUGGUCCUGCGCUACCGGACGCCACACUUCAGAGCAUGUGCCCGGGUUCUGGUGCCGCCAGUAGCCGGUAAAGAGACAUGGACCAUCGGCUGGAUUCAAGCGUGUAACCACAUGGAGUUCUACAAUACGUAUGGGAACAAAGGGAUGUGAGUACCACGGCUAUCUGUUCACUGAGAUGUCAGGUUUUGGGCGUAUUCUUGAUUUCUUUCUGGAUUUACUGAAGCCAUCUUUAUUGUUACACAUGUAGAAGAGAAUUGAAUGUUAACUCUCUUUUGAAAUUCUUGUCACAAACGUCCCAGAGACCAAGGUGACAUCUUUGCAUGUUAGUUUUAUUGCUGUUAAAUCCUAAACCAAAAAAUCAUCAUUUAUGGCAAACAACAGCUGGAAAUCUUACUAUUUAUUAAGACUGAGACCUUUUUUAGGAUCAUUUAGUUUAAAAAUGUCAGAUUAGAUUGGUUGGUGCUCAUAAUAGUUACUGAUAAAAUUCUAUGAAUCUAAUAAUCAGUUGUUUGUUUCAUAUAUAAACAUAAUUUUGUCACUUACAACAUGCUUACAUGACAUUUAAAGAAAUACUUCAACCCAGACUACAAAUUACAAAUUAAACAAAGAGUUUACGUUGGAAGAAUGAAUACUCAAACCAUAGAGAAACCCUGCUCAACUUUGGCACACAUUUUCAAACUUGUAAACUGGUCUUAAAAGGAUAUUUCAGUUUAUUUUCAAGGGCAAAGUUAUGAUGAAAUACUUAGCUCUCCUGUUUUUGUCAUGCAAAUAAGGCUGAAAUUAUUCUUCAGUAGGAAUUUGAGGUAGUGAAACUUUAUGUUUGGGUGCAGCUGGGUCAGCCAGUUGCAAAGUAUAGUGGUGGGAUCAUAAUAUUUACAUUUGUAUUGAGCAGAAGAGGUAAGAGAUUUGCAGCAAACUAAUAAAUUGAAUUUUCUGUGUGUGCUCUUUCAAAUUCAAUCAGUAGCUCGGUUAUCUGCAGUAUGUGGGCUCCAGGCUUUGUGCCUGCAGGCUACAAAGUACUUCAGACUCUGACAGAUAUGAGAAUAGGACAUUGUAAUGGAAAAUAAUUACUCUGACCUUUCCGAGCAUGUACUUGUCGAUAUAUAGUUAUUGUGCAAUCGUGGUCAUUAAAUACACAAACAUGAGUGAAAUCAGCUUUAAGUAUUUACUUAAUGACACAGUGAUAGCAUCUUAGUGUUUUCCCUCAGAGUUAGAGUGUGUUUGUGUGCGAGAUAGAGAUAGGUCGAAUGUUAGAUGAGUAGCGUUUGUACUAUAUCCUGUAGUGAGAAACCACAAGCUAACAUGCACCCAGAAUGUUCUUUAUCUGUAGUCACUGCAGCUGAGGAUGUGUGAGUGCUGCAUGCCUGAGAUUAAGGGCGCAGUCACCCCCCACCCCAUUAUGGCCACACAUGGGUGCGUGUGUGUGAGAAAGACAGUGAGAGAACACUCUUACCCUCCAGAAGUCCAAUGGGCUCCUAAAUGACAUGUAGUACUGUUAUUUUCAUUCAAGCUACAUGUUUUUUUUAACCACAUUACAGAAUAAGAUAUGAUUUAUCAAGAAGAAGCUUCAUCACUCAGCUGCCUUUUAUUAUUCAGUUGAUUUUUUUUCUAUACAUAAUCACAGAGACAUACAGAUUCUCAGACUGUCUCCCUAUUUUAAGCCCAGAAACAUAAAAUUGGAGAUACUAGCUCACAGUGCUCUCUGCUUGAAUUGAAUAAAAACAGAGACAAAAACAAAUAAAAAAAAACAGACUCAGACAGUAAUAUCUCAAAACGGGAAACUCUGACUCAAACAUUCAUUUUUUAAAGUUAAAUGUUCCCAAGCAGUGUUUUUCAAGACAUUUAAAGCUCCUGUGAGGAAUUUAAAGUUAGCUUAUCUUUUUGCUGGUCUUGCUACAUGUAGUGCCCUCUAAAAACUAAAACCGAAUCUUAUUUUCCCUUUUUUCACAUUCAAAACUAAGCAAGUCUACUGUAAAUUACCAUUUCUGACACCUACCCCCUGGCAGCAGCUACAUUCUUUAAGAAAAACAAGAAGAAGUCAUCUGUCUUGUGGUCUGGUUUGCUAUUUUAUGUCAUUUAGAAGCAUCAGUAUUUGUAUCUGUCUGUCAUUACCUGGUUAAAAAUCCUCACAGGAGCUUUAAAAACACAAGAAAUGUGCUUUAAGUCGCAAAGACGGGAACUGACAUGUACCCAAGUUUGCAGCCAUCAAACACAAAAUUAAAAAGUUUGUCAAAAAUAUAAUGUUCAAUAUAGUAUCCAUAUAUACAAAGAAGGACUGUGUUCACAAGCUUGAUCAAACCAACGUGGAUGUAACUGAUACCUGUUCAUACAUACUGUAUAGUGCUAUAUAUAGGUAGGGGUUUUGGAAUGUAUCCACCCACCUUGCAGCAGUGUUGUCAGAGGCAAAUCCCCUGUUCAUGCAGUGUUUCAUUAAAAUUUCAGCCCCUGUAGCGCUCGCACUCAAAAAAUGUACUUUUUAUACCUUCAUAUAUUAAAGUCGUAAAACUUCACGAUCGCCGCCAAGGCCACAAUUCUCAAUGUUCAGUUUUUAAAUCCCUCUUAGGAUGCGAGAGAUGAGUCUGCUCUCACUGCUGAGAUUCUCAUACUAAGUAGUUUCUUUGAUGGCAAUAAAGCUUGGGCGUGCUGUAAUUGGACAGAACAGCUGAGGAUGGUAAUGAGGAUGAUUUCUCAGUUGGCUUUAGAUGAUGUAUUUGGGAUUCUGGACACAUUCAUCCUUUCUCCUCUGGUCUGCUGUCCUUGUCUUUUUGAGGAUAUAGUGUUGCGGGUUUGGACUGUAUGUGACUCUAAAAUUGUGUGAAUGAAAAAUGGGAAAAUAAAGUGAUACUGUAAUAUCGUUGCAUUGGAUAGAGACCAAAAAGACAAUAUGGAGAGACAUCCAGCCAUAUUUUAAGCGUUCAACUAAUUUUUAGCAAGCAUUACUGGCAAGCCAACAUUUUGGUUUAGUAGCUUGCAGGACCGUGUUUCAGCACAAAACAACAUAUCGAUAAACACAGCAUUAGACUUCAUAGCCUUUUAGCUUCCUACUUAGUGUUUAACAAGACAGAAGACAAUCUCUGCCUUGAAAAUAAUGUAAAGUAUGAGUCCAAAAAUGAAAGCAAAGUCAUGAUUCUUGAUAGAGUAUAUGACAGUCUUUACAGACUCAUACACACUCUCAGAACAAUAGGUAGAGACUCUUAAGCUUGCUGUAAUUGGUUAAAUACCUGCCUUGGUGGCCAAUUUCAUCAUUUCUGCUCCUGCAAAGUUAAUUCAGUCUUCACCAUCUGUGAAAUUAAGCAUUUCACGAGUGCCUUUUUAAAGUCUCAUCAACAGAUGCAAAUGCAUGCAAAUGAACAAAGUUGCAUAAACAGGAAAUGAGUUGUCUACACUUUGCAGAAAUGUCCUCAGUGACGUAGUUUACAAGCUUUUGUAGUCAGCUUUUAACCCUUUUUCUACUCACUAAUCUCAUAUGGUCAGCUUUUAGCCCUUGAAAUCAACUCCUAUUUGAAGUUCUUUUUUCUUUUCCUCAAAGUUGAUGCAAUCUUAACAGUGUGGUGUAGUAAAGCAGAUACUUUUUAAAUGACUUAAGAGCCGUCACAAAGGAAGGGUUGGUAACAAGUUUCAAUACUCAAAGCACAGGGCUGGUCUCCUGAGGUUAGGGGAAACUGGUAAACUGGGAAGUGCAACUCUGCAUGACUGUAAAGGUUUUCAGCCUUUUUAAGCCCUUCACACGAACUCCUAUUACAGACACCAGCAGUCAUGUUCAAAAUCUGUUCAUUUGGCGCCGCCAUGAUAAAAUAUCUUUGAGUUUUAUUUAUCUGGGUGUAAUAUAUCAAAGAGAAAAAUGCCCUUCUUAAAUCUGAGCUGUCAUUGUUCAGUUUGAUUGCUCAAGUCUGCAUCUGCAGUAAAGUUGCAGAGGCGAGGCUUUUGACCAGCGGGACCUCCAUCCAGACAUGCCAUUUAUUACCCUCAUUGCAGUGCCCACAACCUCGGUUUUAAAGUGCUGCGCAUUGGCGCUCGUUGUUGCUAGGUUAUGAAAAUUGUCCCGUGGCACUCCAGCCUCCCUUUAUAAUAACCGUUAAGUCUGUUUUGUAACGCCCUGUAUGUGUUCAUUUUUGCCUUUAUGCUAUGGCAGUUUACAUUGAAAAUGGAGACGAGACAGGAAUCAUGUUGAAGUAUUAGAAACAGCUCCAGACCUCUUGCUCUAGAGAAGUGGUUCUUAACUGGUCCUUAAGUAGCGACCCACUUUUAUGGAAUUCAAACCAAGCGAAUUUAUUUUUUAUUAAAAAAAACAACAACAACUUAAACUUAAACCUUUAAAGACUCUAAUAUUUAACAUAAAUCCACUUGUUUUAUUGAGUAAAGUGCAUUUCAGAGCACAUAAAGGGGACAACAUGAGGACAACUACUGAAGUUGCACAUACAGAAAAUAUCAAAUAUCUAAUAAAUAUCGCAUUAGAUAUUUGCUUUUUUGACCAGCUGUUUGUCCCACCCCUUUUUGUUAUGAUUGGUCAGCGAUGGAGACAGGACUUUGAUGAGUGUGGCAGCAAAGAGAAAAGGGUGCUGUGAGCGCGGCGGCUAAAAUCUGUUGAUGCAGAGAGUUUUGAGGGGCUUAAGGCACUGAGCGCUGAAAACACUGAACUGCGUUGGUUUUGUCCAGAAAAGAAGUGCUCCCGGUGCAAAAUCAGCUUCUUUGUACUCCAGCUUUGUCCUUCACUCACCUAGCUAUACACUUGCCAUGAACACGAUACCUUUGACUAACUUUAUUACUUUUCACUAAGUACUUAAACCAGUCAUCCCCUAACGUUAGAAGUCACGACAUGAGAGUUUAAUACCUGAUGUAAAGCAGUUCAGUUUCUGUAGUGAAUCAUUUUCAACAUCUCUGCAGUUUUGUCGCUGACACUCACACCACUUAUUGCAGACCAUUUGACUGUGACAAAGCUGGUAGCGAUGACACAAGCAGGAAGUGAGCCACAUCUCUGCAGUGCCUUCUCCUCUUGUGAUCAGAGUCCCUCAGCUGCUAGAUGACACCACAUUGCAUCUGUGCGCUGUCUGAUAUGAUUGAUGCGCUUUUGCUUUUUCUCCACUCCGCUGCCGCUACAUUAUGUUCCCGCUGACUGCUUGUUCAUGCAAAGGACCGAGUCUCACUUCUCCUGUCAAACAAACAUGUUUACAGACAAUGUGAAAUUCUCAUGAAUUAUACAAAGAAGAAGUUUUCCAAAGAAUCAGAUGCAGAAAUUUGCUUGCAGUGUUUCGGUAUUGGAGCUGUCUGAGGUCAUGACAAAAUGGAAAAUUGCUGCAAAUUGUUUUGGACCAGCUGAGAGGAUUAAGUGAUUUUUUUUUUUUCCAAACAGAAGUGGACAUACACGCACACAAAAGCACAGUUGCACAGCCAAACACACACACACACACACACAAAAUCUCACAAACACACGGGCCAGCUAUUAUCAUGCCCGACAUGCUAAUCUCCCCCCCUGGGUGAAUACAUAAAUCACAAUACGAGGCCAGGCCAAGCAGGCAGUAAGUCAUGUGGCUGGUGAUCACACUGUUAUCUCCUCAGUCCUGCUGAUCCUCAGUAACAGGGAAUGAAAGGUGAUCUUGUUCCUGCUGCAGGCGGAAAAUCAAUGACUGGACACGCCAGAGGUACCAGGUCACUUAACUUUUAGUGCCGCCUGCUGUGCGUGUCUCAAUAUUUUACUGUUGUAUUGUACUUUUACCCAACAGUUUGAAAAUUGGUGGAAAAUCCAACUCCGUUAAAAGGAAGCCUCGCUUCACUAUUUAGAUGCUAAUUCCCUGUACAGAAAGGAUUAGACAUGGGAGCUUUUUACAUGAGAUUUCUUUUGAAUUGGUUCAGUGUGCUGGGGAGGAACCGAAAGGAAAGUUAUGCUUUGUUACAACUUUUGGCUUGUUUCUUCAUUUGUACUCAGAUUUUUUUGGCAGCCUAUUACAGGCGACAAAAUAAAAACACUUAUGAAAGAAAAAGGCAGAGCUGUAACAAGGAUCCAAGAAUAUAAGACAAAAAGACAAAAGACAAUCCAGACUCCGGUUUUUGUUUCGUCACUUAAGAAAAGAGGGCUUCAUUGAUAGGUGAAUCCUCAUGUGUUACUCUUUUCUAUUUCCAGGUCGAGUUGGGAGCUCCCCGACCUUCGUGAUGGGAAAAUCCAAGCCAUCAGUGACUCAGACGGGGUCAACUAUCCUUGGUAUGGCAACACCACAGAGACCUGCACUGUAGUAGGCCCCACCAAGAAGGACAGCAAGUUUACUGUUAGCAUGAAUGACAAUUUCUACCCCAGCGUGACCUGGGGCGUCCCCGUCAGCGACAGCAAUGUGCCUCAGCUUAGCAGCAUCCGCCGCGAUCAGAGCUUUACCACCUGGCUGGUGGCGAUCAACCAGGCCACGUCGGAGACGCUCGUCCUGCAGACAAUCCGCUGGAGGAUGCGGCUCCACAUCAAAGUGGACCCAGAGAAACCUCUGGGUAACCGGGCUGUCCUGAACGAGCCUGUGGCCCAGGAGCAGCCUCAGAUCUUGGGCAAGAAUGAGCCUAUUCCCUCUAACGCCAUGGUCAAGCCUAACGCCAAUGAUGCCCAGGUGCUGAUGUGGCGGCCAAAGAAUGGUGACCCCGUGGUGGUCAUCCCACCCAAAUAUUGACCUGCUUCACUGACCAGACUGGCCUUGGAUACCUUAACAGUAUCAUCUCUUUUUAUUUUGUCUUUUUUUUGUUUCUGCUCGUCACCAGCUCUCACUGCUUUAACCUUUUCCCUCCUUUUUGCCUCAAAAUUCUCCUUUUUUUAUGUUUAAAACAACCGGAAACAAAGGAAAAAAAAAAAUGGCCGAGACUUAGAAACCAGCUUUGAGAAGAGGAAGAAGAGCUGGAGAAAGCUUUGAGUCUGGGGCUUGGAUUUUAAAACUGGAGCGAACAAACUGCAACCGUUCUACCUUCAAACUGGGUCGGGUCGCACUGUGCUAAAUGAAAAUCAUUGCAAAAAUGAAAAACUCGAGAAUUUCUUUGUUUGUUUUUUUUAUUUCAGUUUUAUAUAUUUUGGCUGAAAAGGCCUCUUGUAUUUUGGUUUGUGAUUGUGGGUGAAUUCAAGUAUUUACAUGUCUAUAGACGUGUACAAACCUUGUGUAUGAAUACCAGUUGUGUUUUUAUUUAUAGGCUGGGAGAGAGUGCAUUGAAUUAUAUUUGUUGAUAUUGUCCUGUAUUACACAAGACAAAUUGUAUUGGGUGACAUACUAGAUUUUAGUACUUUUUUUAAAAACAUGCAAGACAUUCAAUCCAUGCUGCCUUAAGUUUACAUCGCUUUCCACUGCAAACGUAUUAGCCUUAAACAAAGUGCAAUGCAGUAUUUUGUUCAUUUGUCCUGUCUCUUCCAGACCGUUGGUGCUGGCAUGUGUGGGUUUAGGACAGGAAUGACACCACAGAAGAAGACCCAGGGGUGAGGUCUGGGCUUUAAAAGGUUGAGUUUUCGAUGUAUUAUUUGAAAAGUAGAAUUAACUCCACGUGUGGACAGCUAACUGUGUUGUUUUAACACAUAAAAACACCAGAAAAGCCAAACCUUGUCAACAGCAAUCAAAACAGGAACAUGAGAUAAUCACUAAAACAAGAGCCGCUCAAAAGUACUCCUCUGUAAGCCUUGUUUGUUUCUUAUAUCCGGCCUGUAGGCAGUUAUAGUAUUCGAAGUCUAGUCACAGAUUUUCCUUUCAGUACAACAUUUCAUCUCAGGGCCCUACUUUCACUUCCCUCUCCUCGUUUUUUUUACUGUCCUGUCUGGCCUCCUCUUUUGUGCCAUUGUGAAUUUCUGAGUGUUUGCACUGCUGUCACUGAAGGAUCAAUACUUUGAUUAAUUCGCAUUAACGGGGUAAAUAUCUUGUGAUAACCAGAGAAUAGAAACAGCAGUGUAUCCGUUAUUUUUUUCCUUUUGUCAGACAAUCUUAAACACACUGUAUUUAUUCUUGUUGUCCAUCUUGAAAUCAGAAUCACCCCUUCAUUUAUUAUUUCUAUUAUUCAGAUGAAGACAGGUUUGUAGCUCCUGUUAACAUUGUUUUAGUCUCAUACCCUCACAACUUUUCUACACCAGAGUUUUCCCUCCCCCUCCCGCCCAGCCCUUGCCUUUCUUUCAUGUUGUUUGUAUCUGUUGUCGAGGCUGAAAAGCAGAGCAGAGGAGGCAUGCAAGUUUGAUCCCGACUGCUCAGUUGGCAUAUAGAUGACCCACUUCCCCUGCUUUGCAGUUGCAACUCUUGCUGCAAAAGUGUGGGGCUUGUCUCCCUUUAUUACACCACCAGCAAAUGUGAAACACAAACACACAGUUCUGUUCAGCUAAGUAUCAUUGAUAGAUAAGAUGACGCCCAAUAAGCUGCUAAUCCGCGAGAUGGGCUGCAAAUCUAAACUUUUUCAAAAGCAUAGGGAGAAAAAAUGAGUCGAUUAGCUUUUUAUCUGCUUGUCAAGAGAAAAGAUGAGGGUAAUAAGCAAUUUAUGGUCACAUACUUUUCUUAAAGCUCUCUUGAAUGGCUAUUUUUUAUUUUAAAAUGCAGAAAAACAUCUCACAAAGGCAGUAUUUCCACUAAGUUCCCAAUGUUUUGGCUCCAAUCAAAGAAAAGAUCAGUGAGUUUAACCCCGGUGUGUAUUUCAAAGAUCAAUAAGCUGCUGCUGUUUCAGCCUAUUAGCAUCUUUUUACCACAAACUGUACAAGAUUUAUCCAUCAGGAUUUUUCCAGGCAUCAUUCCUGUCAAAGAUUUAUGCCUGUUUGCUUUCUUGCGCAGAAUCACAUCAGUAGAUAGAUGCUAAUUUCGUGCCCGGAGGGUAUAUGGCUGUACACAGCCAGCAAUUUGCUUGGCCUAGCGAGACCAAAAAAGGGGGGAACAGGCAUGCUCAGCCCUGUACAAACGUAAUAGCUCAAACCAGAUCCUCUUAACUCCAACAACCAACAUGAGCCAUGUUGUUUACUGCAACCUUAAAAAAUCCAAAGUGUAGAAAGGACUCUUACAAACUAUUGGUCAACAGUGUGCUCUCCGUCUUAAAGCUAGGCUAGGCUAGCAUAUUUCCUGGUGGUAGCUUUAUCUUUGGCAAAUAAAUAUAAGUUUUAUAACAAUCAUCUUACCUAGUUAUCAGCAAAAAAUUCUACAAAAUGUAAGUAAAAGAACAGUUUUGAAUCAAACUGUGCAGAAAUAGCAAACUAACAGUUUUGCUGAGAAUGACUGAUUUAGGGCCCGUGUCCAUAAACUGGGUCCACAAACCCUUUAUUUUUUUUGUGCUGGCAAACGCAAGACUAUAAUUAUACCAGCAAAGUGACAGAAAACAGCUGACACUGAGACGUUUUUUGAGCUCAAGGGUCUUGAUGCACAGAAAACACUGUGAGUGGACACAGGCCCUAAUUUAAGUCUCAAACAUCAAUUUCUCUCACCGUGCGAGCACACACGACUAUAUUAGACCUUCCUGUUCAGCUGUGUUACCACAAUAGCCUGAGCUUGGUUUCAACAUGACUCUGUGGUGAAGAUAGAAGUUAAAAGGCUAUUGGGGGACUGCUGUCAUAAUUAGAUCUGCAGUGACACACUUGCGUGCCCUAGAUGGACCCAACUGUUCUGAGGCGUGCCACGGAACCUAAGGGCACGCCAGAGCUAGGGGUGAUGUUUAAGCGAAGUCAAAUAGCAAAGGUCUGGGUCAAAGUGGCUCUGUGGAGGGGGGCUGUCAAAGUCCUAAAUGUACCCAAAGACAGUGGAGUGGCCGGAAGGGGAAUGAAUAUAGAGGUGACAAUAACUUUAAUCUUUUUAGACAUUAGCACCAGCCGGAAAUAACGUUGACAUUUUGCCAAACACAACUUAGAUGUCAACCACAAAAAAAGCUGUGGUUCACAUUUGGACUCUGCGACCCUUCGCCAAACGUAGCGCAGGGCUAUUUUGGCAUAGCGGACUGCCUCAUAGUGUCUCUUACUGUGACCUAUGGACACUGAUAGUACUCAAGCUGGCCUGAAAGUAAUGUAAUUAAACCCUGACAUGCAGAGUAAGCCGCUCGCACUAUGUGUGUGUGUGCGUGGGAAAUCCCAUUUGUGGGGAUUUAGGCAGGAUGGAUAGUUUCUCUGAUGUGUUGCGACUGUUGUUUGGUCAUGAUUCUUCCUCUUUCUGACUUUCUCUCUCAUACAAACAGACAGAGCAGGGGAGGUAACGUCCUUGUCAGUAAAUAGGGACAGAGCUCGCCCACCCCCCUACACACAUACACAAACUCACACACAAAUAUACACACAAAAAACACCUCCAGGGGAAAGGAGCAGGCCUGGCAUGGUAUCUGAUUGUCACAGCAGUGUCACAUUGGCAGCGUGAACUCAUUUGUCGGCCCUGCACGUGGCCCAUCUGAUGAACACAUGCACAUGCUACAAAGCCAUAUGCACAAACACACACUUGUUUACUUGUAUGUAAACUGGAGUAGUGAAAUGGGAGCUUGGAGUGUUGAGGCUAUUGCUUCGGUGUCUGUCGUUUAUAGGCAGGUUUUCAUGUUAUAUUUUAGAAAAAGGGCACUAAAUUGUCUUCUCUGUGUGUGUGACACUGUUGAAAAGUGUCGAUAAUUUGUAUUUUAUGUUCACAUAUAUGAGCUUCCUUAACAAAGCCACAGAAAAACAAAGUUGCACAUUGUUGGUACGCUGUAUGGAAGGCCAGAAGUGCCAAAAAUUGGAUCAAGCCAAAACCUAUGCAGUAGGCCUCGUUGGGCAUUGUUAUUGACACAAAAAUCCUCUUGGCACUAAAUAACAAGCCUGUCCUCAGUUGUUGUUGAUAAUUUGAUGCAUUUAUAAUAAUAUAUUUACAUGGAGAACUAUUAAAAUAUAGAAGGUGUGUUUGUUGAUGUGCUUUCUGCUUAUGAGGCAGUGCCAAGUGAACAAGUCUCCUGUCCUAAACCCACGCCGUUAAAGUUCUUCUGAGGGCUGCUAUCGUUUCUUCACAUCUUCAUGAAGAUUUUUUAACCCAAAUGAAACAUAACCCACCCUCCCCUUUAUUCAAACCAAUAAUACAUCCCAAAGUUCACACUCAGGACCGCCUGCCUUCAUUUCCUGGCUUUUCCUGUUUUGGUUUUAGACCAUGUGAAAGAAAAGUUUGUUUUACUUUCUCUGUUUUCCUAUUUCUUUAAAAAAAAAAUCAACUAAAUACGACCCCGUGGUUUCAAAAGAAUAACCCUAAAUGUAGCACAAAAGAUAAUAUGAGCAGCCAUGUGUGUUUCUCAUGUUUGUUUUCUGGAAAUACAGCACUGAAAUAGUUAAAGCAGUUUGUGCUCUUUUGUUUAGCUUUGACUUUUACACCAAUACUUGAAAAUGGGUCAGUUCUGGCAAACAUUUAAAAACUGUGAAAAUGCACAACACUGGGGAAAAAUAAAAUAUAUAUAAAAAUGUCUUUUUCAUGAAUGAAUAAAAUGUGAAAAUAUGAUACCAGUGAUUGUGUCUCUUUUUCUUUGAAUAGUGUUUUUUUGACUCCCAAAGUUGAACCUCA